UUUCAGGGUAUGGGGCUACUGACGAAGGGAAGCCCUCUCAGUUGGCCAGAAACCGUGCCUCAUCUGGAGUAUAUUAAGAAGCAUGGCAUCUACCAGUUCAUAAACCUCUAUCAUCGUUUGAAAAAUCGCCAAGGGGAUCAGCUGAAAUGGGGCGACGAGAUUGAAUACACAGUUGUGGCAUUUGAUCACGAACAUAAAAAAGUCAGGGUGUCAUGUCGUGCCGAAGAAUUGCUCUCGCGUCUGCAAGCUCAAGAAGAGGUCAAUGCUUUGAUCGGUACUGUAAAUCACUUUUUAUGGCGACCAGAAUUCGCAGCCUACAUGGUUGAGGGAACUCCAGGCGUACCUUAUGGAGGACUGUUAGCAUGUUUCAACGUUGUCGAAGCAAAUAUGGUUGUGCGUCGCAAGGAAGUGCACAAAAUGCUGAAAAAGGGUGAGUCUGUCCUUUCCAUUUCCUUCCCUUCACUUGGCGUCCCUGACUUUACUUCUCCACCGAUGAAGCCGACACCGGCAGAGGAUGGUCCCGGACGUAGCAUCUUUUGGCCUGAAGACGCCGUAUUUUGUGGACAUCCGAGAUUCAAAAACCUCGUGAAUAAUAUUCGCGGUCGCAGAGGAGAAAAAGUUGUCAUCAAUGUGCCGAUUUUUAGGGAUAAAAAUACGCCGAAUCCAUAUAUAGAAGAUUUGAGUGCUCUUGGUGAGGGCGACAUGAUUAGCGCUGCAAAGCCAGAUCACAUCUAUAUGGAUCAUAUGGGUUUUGGUAUGGGAUGCUGUUGCUUACAGGUAACUUUCCAAGCCGUAAAUGUAGAAGAAGCACGAUGGUUAUACGAUCAACUCACUCCUAUCACUCCCAUCCUUCUCGCUUUAUCAGCCGCAACGCCUAUUUUUCGGAGCAAACUGGCCGAUGUUGACUCACGAUGGGAUAUUAUUAGCGCGAGUGUGGAUGAUCGAACGGCCGAGGAAAGAGGGCUCGUGCCGCUGAAGAACUCGAAAUGGAGGAUUGCGAAGAGUCGUUAUGAUUCUACUGAUUGUUACAUCUAUCCAUGUUCAGUGGCUUACAACGACAUACCGCUACAGUAUGAUGAAGCAAUCUAUCAACAGUUGCGAGAUGGAGAUAUCGAUGAGCCAUUGGCUAAACACAUUGCUCAUAUGUUUAUAAGAGAUCCACUACAGGUGUACCGCGAACGGAUCGAACAAGAUGACGAAAAGUCUACAGAGCACUUCGAAACGAUUCAAUCUUCAAACUGGAUGAACAUGCGGUUCAAGCCACCACCACCUGAUGCCUCUGAGAUCGGCUGGCGAGUGGAGUUCAGACCAACUGAGGUGCAGCUCACCGACUUCGAAAAUGCUGCUUAUUGUUGUUUUGUUGUGCUUUUGACUAGGGUCAUAAUCUCAUUCCGCCUCACUUAUUUAUUGCCCAUCUCCAUGGUCACUGAAAAUAUGAAGCGAGCACAGAAAAGGGAUGCUGUCAUCAACGAGAAGUUUUUAUUCAGAAAAAGUCUGGCCACGUGCAUCUCAGCUCCUGAGAAUCUCAAAGGAGCUCCGCAAUGUGGUGCCCCAAGCGAUGAGAUCGGCGAGAUGACCAUCAAUGAAAUCAUAAAUGGCAAAGACGAAGGAUUUCCCGGCCUUGUCCCACUUAUCAGGCAAUACUUGGAUAGCGCUGAUGUAGAUGUAGACACUCGUUGCACGAUCUCGCAGUAUCUGAACUUCAUCUCGAAGCGAGCUACUGGUGAGAUCUGGACGCUAGCUCAUUGGAUACGACAUUUCGUUGAUAAGCAUCCAGCGUACAAGCAUGAUUCACAAGUACCAGAUGAAACAGUGUAUGACUUGCUCAUGAGUAUGGAUGCGAUAUCAAGCGGAAAAGAGCAUUGUGAGAAACUUCUCGGAUGUUAUCGAUCGAAAACCGACCAUUUGAUUCCGAGCGCAGUGCGACGAGCCGAAGAAAGCUUUGUGAUGAGCAAACAAAAACAGGGUUCCUCAGAGCUUUGA